GGUCGGUGAAGCUGAGAUUAUCAUGACUGAGCCUGAAAACAGUUAGUUAGACUGAAAACAGAAGAGUUUUUGCACAGUUAGACAACGAGAAAUCUCUCUCCUUUUCGGUGAAAUCUGUCUUGCGAGUGAAGAAAAACAUCAGUUCAAUAAAAAUUGACGCUAGUACGCCGUCCUAGUAUCCUUAUUAUUGCUCAUGGCUUAUGGCACAUUGCUUGAACUUUCGUUAAAUACGAUCCUUUCAUGAUUAAGUGCUUGCUAUGUACGCUAAUUUAAGAAAUCCAAGCUCUGAUUAUGCCUUUAGGCCACAACUCGUAGUUAAUAAGUGCGCUAUAAUUGUUCAAUUUACGGGCCGUAAUUUAUUGUACGGCCCGCUUAAUUCAAAAUUUUGAUCGAAUUGAAAUCUCCCCUCUCUAUUUGAACCGUAGAGAUAUAAUAAAGAUCUUAUUAACCUCGAGCUCGUUUUCUUGGCCGGUCCGCUCUGUAGUUACGAAACCUCGGUUUUCUCCGCUCGAAUUUACAACUCGCGUGCUGCGCGCUUGAGAGAUAUAUCUGUGCUGAAACAACUCGACCGUAACUUACAGUCCGGACCACAAAAAACGAAGUUAGUGCGAGGUAUGUAAUGUUUGCUUGAUGUAUAUCGUGUUACGUGGUUUAACCAGACGCCAAAAUGUCUAUCACCAAGCUCUUCAAGCUGGUUGCUCUAAGCGUCUAGCUUAUACACUUGCUUGAUUUGCGUGGAACUACGCCAGUUCGUGUCUUUACAUUACAGUUGAAUAGCAGCUCGUGAAAGGUGAAUUACGUUGUGGGACAGCUUUCAUAAAUUGUAUCCUAUCUAUUUAUUGAUAAUCGUAUCUGUUUACCGCAGGUUAAGUACGGAGGAGAACUGAGAGUCGAUCAUAUCUAGCGAACAAACGGAAACGAAGAGAGUGGCUGACGAAUAUAACAGAUGUUCUGUCGGUUGUUGGCAAUACUUGGUGAUUACAUUGGAAUGUGUACUCAAAGUUGGUAAGGGUGGCAAAUAUUAUUUUAUGAUUAUUUUAUGCUGAGACAUGUUGAAGGGAGCGAGAGUAGUGUUCUCGCAGCUUUUACUGUGUGGUUUUCUAUGCGAAGGUUCUACAGAUCCUGACUGCAGACAGUACAAAACAUGUACAGAAUGCAUCUUGGGUAGUCCAGAGUGCAGUUGGUGUGAAGACCGCGAUUAUCACUAUUUAGAUCAACCGAGAAGGAGAUGCGACCUUCAUAGCAACCAUCAACAGAAUAAAUGCCGAAAGAUCUCUAAUCCAGGAUCAGGAUCUACAGUUCAUUCGAACAACGAGCCAGACGGUGACCGUGAUGUCAAAGUUUCUCCUCAGAAUGUAACACUACGUCUUAGACCAGGAAUUUCCACGGCUAUCACAGUAAAUGUCCACACCCCAAGGAACUUCCCAGUUGAUUUGUAUUACUUGACGGACGUAUCGAGGUCUAUCAAAAAGGAAUCAAUAAAAUCACUUGGACACCUGUUAGCGGAUGAGAUUUCAAAUCUAACUUCAAGGUUUCGUCUUGGACUUGGUGCAUUUGUUGACAAGCCCACAGCUCCAUAUAUGGACACAGAUCCCGUGAUGGUUGCUGCGCCUGACCCAAAUAAUGGGAAUUCCACUCCGACGUUUGGUUAUCAUAAUGUGUUGCCGCUGAACAAGAAUACAUCUUACUUUCAGGACGCUAUUGAAAAACUGAUGGCUUCCGGAAAUGUUGACAAUCCCGAGGGAGGUUUGGAGGCUCUCGUUCAGGUGGCUGCAUGUGAAAAGGAGAUCGGUUGGCAAAGUAAAGAGGAUGCACGAAGGGUAGUGGUGCUAACGACUGAUGCAGCUUAUCACUCUGCUGGAGACGGUCUGCUUGGCGGAGUCGUUAUUCCUAACGAUGGUCUUUGCCAUUUGGACGGCGAAGAAUACAGUGCUUCAUUGCUCAUGGAUUAUCCAUCCCCAGGACUGGUCCGUGAUGUUUUACUUGAGUCGCAAGUAGUUCCAAUUUUCGCUGUCGCAUCCAAGGAAAAACAAGUGUAUGAACAACUGGCAAACUUUUUAGGUAACGAAACCUACGCCGAGACAGGGGAGCUUUUAGAGGACUCGUCAAACAUUGUGCGUGUGAUUGGCGAAGCGUAUAAGAAAAUCGCCCGCACAGUGACGAUACGAGAUACUAAUUCUGCCGGGCUCAUCCUUCGGUACACUGCAGUCUGUCCCAAGGGUGAAAUUUACGAAGACACGAGAACUUGCACAGGCGUAGAAUUAGGAGAUACGGUAUCUUUCAAGAUAUCAGUCUCGAUGGCCAACUGCACGGACGAUUUGCCUUCAAACUUUUCCAUCAAAACUCCUUACGGACAAGUUUUUUUGAAGCUAUCUUAUGUGUGCAGUUGUGACUGUGAAGCAGAAGAAAUUCUGGAACCCAAUAGCACAAUUUGCAAUCACAGGGGAUCGUUAAAGUGUGGAAUGUGUUCUUGUGAAGAUGGAUGGGCAGGUGAAUAUUGUUCGUGCACAGAGGAGGAAGAGCGAAAAAAUUGUCAAAGCAAUAAUGGCGACGUGUGCAGUGGUCAAGGAUCAUGCAGUUGUGGCAAAUGUUACUGUGAGGACACCAAGGAUCCCAAAGGAUUAAUCUAUGGUGAAACCUGCGAGUGCAACAAUUUGAAUUGUCCAAAGGAUCCUGAAAAUGAGGAAAUAUGUGGAGGAUCGGAGCGAGGAGAUUGUGAUUGCGGCCAAUGUAAGUGUAAAGAAAACUGGAGUGGACCUUCGUGUAGCUGCAGCAAGGACUUGGACGGUUGUACCAAGAAAGGGGUCCUUUGUGGCGGUCGAGGGACCUGCAAAUGUGGAACCUGCGUAUGUAAUGCUUCUUUGCCCUACAGGGGACCUUUCUGUGAUGAGUGUCUUAGUUGUAUAGGAAACUGUGAAGCUAAUAGACCAUGCGUGCAAUGUCGAAUGUUCGGUACAGGGGAACUAGUGGGAGAGGAUUGCAAAGCUAAAUGUAAAGACUUUAGAAUCACCGCAGUAGACGAGUUAACAUCUGACAUGGGCAAACAGUGUCGAUUCCGAGACGAAGAUGACUGUUAUUUUGGGUUUGCCUACACGGUAAGAGCAGAUGGACAGUUGGAGAUUUAUACACAGAGGAAUAAAGACUGUCCAUCAGAGAUGAAGGCCCUGUUGGUGAUUCUAGGCGUGAUAGGAGCCGUUCUCGCUGUGGCCUUAGCUCUCUUACUGAUAUGGAGAGUGUUAGCAACGGUACAGGACCGGCGAGCAUUUGCCAAAUUUGAAAAGGAACAACAAAAGGCAAAAUGUGUCAUGGCUGAAAAUCCGAUCUUUAAGCCAACAACCACGACCUUUAUGAAUCCUAUGUAUGGAGUGAAAACAUGAAGUUGGAAAUGGCACUGACAAAGACUCCAAGGGAGUUUCUUGGGGAGGCACUUCUCACGAGACUACAGUGUAGCUGGCGGACAGGUUGGACACAGGAUUGGUCAGAACGGUUGUGACUAAAAAAAAUUCCAAUUGUAAAAUCACACUGAAGAUUUGAAACCGUCAUCUAUUUACUCUUCAAAUCAAAAAUUUUAGACUCAGUUCCGGUCAAUUCAGUAACAGUAAUGUAACUUUCUCUAUGAUAACUCUAUCAAGAGACACUUUUAUCAUCGCUCUGACGAAGGACUAACGCUCGAAACGUCAGCCUUUUAACUCUUUAGGGUGGCCAAUUUACGUUUUCAACUCAGUUGAUAACAAUAAAUUACACUUUUCUUAUUUGUUUCGUCUGCGAGUUAAACACUGUUUGAAGAACUUUCACAAGAGGACAAGAACUCGAGCGAAAAGGUGCAUGUGGCCAUGACGAAGAGUGAAUAAGCGAGUGACGCACUCCAAAAUACAGAUUGAUUUGGAGUGCGUUUUUCUCGGAGGAACUCCGUACUUUUGUAUCAAUUAAUAUACGAAACAAGAAAUAGAAAUAGUAAAAGGAUCCGAUGAGU